CGGGAUGUGCUGUCCCCCCUCCUCCUAGUAAGACUGAGCAACUUGUUGUGUCUUGAUUGGAAAAGUUGGUUGAAAAGAAAAGAACGCUCUAAAACUACCCACGGAUCUACCUUUAUUACAACCUGAGGAGCCACGGUUCUGAACCGAUGCUCUGAAACAACUAAACGAUAACUAUUUCGUCACUCAAGAACAUUUGGAAAACUUUCGAGGAUUCUCAAAUGGGAUCUAACAUCUGUGAAAAUUUGUGGCAUAUUUUCCUUCGGUGAAAUUGUGAACCGCUACUAUGGAUUGCGCAGUUUGCAGCCUCUCACAUGCGUCAGUCCCGGGAUAUCUGCGCAUUGUGUUUCUCUGUUUGAUGCAGUUGAGAGCGCUUGCCCAGUUAGCUCCAGAGUGCUACCCGGGAGGAUACCGCAUGUUGAGAAACCCGUAUCGCAGCGUGGACUUUGACUCCAGUGACCUGCAGAACACCGCCAUACAGGACCUGAUCUGUGAUCACUCCCUCUCCCCAGGAUGGUACCGCUUCAGCAUUAACAACAAGCCUGCAGAGAUGCCCACCAGUUGUGUGGAAAUGAACAGAUGUGGCACCCAGGCGCCUGUGUGGCUGUCUCUCACUGAUAGCUUGUUGCCCCGCCCAGGGGAGGUCCGCCAGCUCUCGGCCUGUGCCACCUGGCAGUUCUUCCACGGGAGCACCAAGGACUGCUGCCUCUUCCGCAUCCCCAUCUCAGUACGCAACUGUGGGGAGUUUCUCCUGUACUACCUGCAGCCCACCCAGGGGUGUAUGGGAUAUUGUGCCAAAGUCAUAACAGAAUUUGGACCUAAAUUAUGCCCCACGGGUGAGGUGGAAGUCAAUGGGCAAUGCAAAGCAAGUCUCCCUGCAUUAUCCUACAAGCCUGUGAUCAUCCCAGAGCUGGUGGGCAGCAGUGUCCACCUGCGAUGCACUUUCAGUGGGGUGAAGACCUCGGAACUCCCCUUGGGCUAUCUGGUGGUCUGGGCCCGACACCUGGCAUCCAAUAUGAAGGUGGAGAUCAGGAAAGAUUUUAUCAUGGAGACCUUCUCAUUGGUGGAGAUGGACGGAGUCCACUUCAGACUGGGGGAGACGUUCUCCUGCAGUGUUUCCACGUUCCUGGGUAACUCCAGCCGGACACAAUCUCUGGCCAAAGAGAGUGAGAGCUUCUACGCUGGAAUUAAGUUUGUUCCAGAUGUGCUGCACAUUGCGGAGGAUGGUAAAGAGCAUGCUGUAACCAUCCACAGCACACUGCCUAUCCCCUGUUACGGGACAGAGCACGGCCGACCAUGUGGAGUCACUCUCACUCUGAGUGUCCGUGACUCAGACAGCCUGGAUCCCAGCGUGGAGGCCCCCAACAUGGCCCUGUCUACCUGCCAGGUGGAGCUGCAGCCUACUGCAGCCUGCAGCCGGAGCCAGGGGUGUGCCUGGGCCAGCCUCACCCUCACCGCCGUCACAGACUUCACCCGCGACGGCAACCGCCCCAGCCUACUCAGCGCCACGCCACGCUCUGACGCACCGCGCCUCUGGAGGGGCUACAGCCCCACACCCCUCAAGGUCACAGUUCAAGAUGUUCCCACUGCAAGCUGCUACUCUCUGACUGAUCCACACAUCAUCACAUUGGAUGGCAGACGCUAUGAGAACCAGCAGACGGGUACCUUCAUCCUCUACAAGAGCCUCCACCGCGCGUUCGAGGUCCAGGCUCGUCAGUGGGACUGUGGCAGCCGCCAUUACGCUGUGUCCUGUAACUGUGGAGUGGCGGCCAGGGAGGGAAACGAGGUGGUCAUGCUGGACAUGUGUAACGGUCAGCUUCAGGAGACCAGGCCCCAGCUCUCUCUGAAGAACCUGGGAGGAUAUAACAGUGGGUCCAGAGGGACCAGCGGCUCCAGUCAGUAUCGGAUCAAGAUCCAUGAAUCUCACCAGGGGAAGAAAAUUACAUUGAUCUUUCCGUCUGGGGCCUUUGUGAGGGCGGACAUCAGUGAUUGGGGGAUGAGCCUGUCAAUCAGAGCUCCCAGUGUGGACUACAGCAGUACCACGGGACUCUGCGGGACGUUCGACCGGAACGGUCACAACGACUUCCAUGGACCUGAUGGCACCACCUAUGGGAGCACUGAACAAGAACGCUUUGUGGAGGAAUGGAGGCUAGCCGCGGGGGAGAGCUUAUUUGACACCAUGCCCCCUGUAAUGGAGGUGGAGGAACUACGGCCUUUCUGUCGGUGUCAGGAGGGCUACAGCAUGUCUCUGCAUUUCACCACGGGCCACACCGGCGAUAGCCACUAUAACUUUAACCCCUCGUCGCCCCAGCACCAGGCCCAGUGCCAGUCUCACGACAACGUGGAUUACACCUCUGUCUUCCCCUGGGUGGACACUACCUCUGAGUACAUUAGGAGCUCUGAGCCAGAACAAAGUGACCACCAGGGAGUGUCCAUCCUGAACGGGCCAGCUCUGCCUAUGGAGAUACACAAACAGCCGAGUUCCCAGAUGAUGGACUACGGUGGUUUUGGGGACCACGGUGAUAAGAGUGAGAGAGAGAUUGACAGGGAACUCAGAAGAGACUUCCUGGUUCCCGUAGACGACAACAGGCCCAAGACAAAGAGACAGGCGCUGUACGAGUUCCAGCCCAUCUUCACCUCUCAGUCCCUGAGCCAAGCGGACCUGGAGAGCUUAGCCUAUUUCUUCCCUGAGGACCACCACCUGUCUGCAGAGCGACCAGUGGCCCAGCCUGUGUGGCCCACCCCGAGUGGGCUUACCUCGGUCAAGGCCCUGGAGGUGUGCCAGCUAGCCCUGGGGAACUCCACGGUGGGGACAGUGUGUAGAGGGCUGCUGGGCCGGAGGCUGGAUGAGGCAGUGGACCUGUGCAUCCUGGACCUGCAGCUCAAGGAUGACCUGGCCUGGGAGGAGGCUCUGGUGCACUACCUGGAGAACGAGUGUGAGAGGAGGCUAUUGGAGAACCGGACCCAGAGGGUUCUGGAGCUGGGGGAGUCCAGGGCUGGGAUGGAGGGGGUUGAGGGGAUCAUUGGGACGGUACUCACCGCACUGCGCUGCCCCAACUUCUGCAAUGGGAACGGCCAGUGCACUGAGUGGGGUUGUCAAUGCUAUCCUGGCCACAGCUUCUACGACUGCAGUCUGGCUAUCAGUCAGCCCGUGGAGCUGACAGACCUGGAGAACAGUGGCCUGUGUGACAUCAGAGCGUUCGACUGUCGCAGCGUCCGGGUCUUCGGCCUCGGCUUCAUCGACUCUCCCAACCUGGGCUGCCACCUCACACGACUGAUGUACCUGAAUGGUGACCGGGUUCCGAGAGAGAAGCAGAGGACCAGAGCUACCUUCCUGAGCUCGAAGGCUUUAGAUUGUUCCGUCCCCUCACUGAACAGUAUGAUGACUAUCAACGCUGUGGACUUUAUGGUGGAUGAGAAACCCUAUGCCCGCUGGGAAGUCAAGGUGACCAAUGACGGCUCUCAGUACAGUGAGCCUAAGUUGAUAACAAUCUACGAUGGUGUGUGCCAGGUGUGUGAAUCAACCCACUCCGGACUCUGUAAGUUAAAGGAGAGGACAUGCAAUAUAGAUGGAAUGUGUUUUGCUAAAGGAGACUCCAAUCCUGCCAGCCCCUGCCUCCUCUGUAAUCCAAACACAUCCAAAUUCACAUGGUCCGUAAAUGAAGUCAACCAGCCCCCCAACCUGCACCAGCCUCAGGGGGGCCUCAGCACCUUCGCGGGGGAGAACUUUGUGUUCCAGUUCACGGCGGCGGACCCCGAGGGCUCGGCACUCCUCUUCCUCCUUGAGCAGGGCCCUCCCGACGCCAGCCUCUCCCCCGCAGGCCUCCUCAUCUGGAAAGUCCAUCCAGUGGAGACACAGGGGAAGUCUCGGCAGAGCUUCGAGUUCACGCUGUCCGACGAGUGCAAUGCCCAGAGCAGCUACACCGUCGAGGUGGCUGUGAAACCGUGUGGGUGUUUGAACGGCGGGACGUGCGUCACCAACGUGGCCUUCCCGGCGGGCAGCGGAGAAUACCUGUGUGCGUGUCCCCAGGGGAUAGGAGGGGUCCUGUGUCAGGAGGACUUUGACGCGUGUCUUUCGGCUCCGUGCGGCGCCGGGGUGUGUGUUGAUACCGUCGAUGGCUUCCUCUGUGAAUGCCCUGCAGGCCUGAGAGGCGCUACCUGUCAGGAAGAUGUGAAUGAGUGUGAGAGGACACCCUGCUUGCCUGGAGUCCAGUGCUUCAACAGCUUCGGCUCCUACAGGUGUGGAGGCUGUCCCCACGGCAUGCUGAGAGAUGGGACCACCUGCACAACAGCUGUACGGUCAAUCACCACUGUCCCUACCACCACCACCACCACUACCACCACCACCUCUAAGCCCUCACCCAACAACAGACCAGACCAACACAAUCCACCCAGGAUGGACACUGGCAGAUCUGGAAUCCCACCGACCAAUCAGCCUGGACUCCCACAAACCAACAUGCCUGGACUUCCAGAGACCAACAGGGCACCUGUCAAGGCCCCAGCUGUACAUACACCGUCUAAGAAUGGACAAAAAACUGGCUUAAGGCUAUCAUCCCAUGCAGGGAACAACAACAAUGUGACAGGUACGUGUGCCAGCCGACCGUGCUUCCUGGGGGUCCAGUGCAUCGACCGACGUCCACCCUACACGGGCUAUGUCUGCGGGCGCUGCCCACCGCCCCUCAAUGGCAACGGACGCACCUGCACCAAAACCACUCGAGAUAACCCUCACCUGACCCAGCAGCAGCUAACAAUAGCCAAGAGCAGCAAACUCUACCACCACAGCAACAGUAAAGUGUCCCAACUCCACCUUCCCACCUUGCCCCCCAGGCACGCAGUCAAACAUCUCUCCUCCCUCUCCUCGCCAGUCUCCAGGGGAGCCUAUCAGAGCCCCCCGCACCUUCCCCUCUCGCCUGCCCGAGGGCCAAUCACUGGGUGGAGAGAGGCGGCAACGCCCCUAUUUGCUAGAUACACCCCUAUGUCACCUGAAGGUUCCAACAGCCUCACCAUGGGCAGUCAUCAUGCCAUCAGUGCCCUCACUAGGACUCGUGCCAAAACAGGUGCCCAGGCCAGCGCUACCUCACUCAAGGCGACAACCAGAGAGUCUGUAGCUGUCAUGCGGAGUGCCACCUCUUCCAAGGUUACUCCUCCAUACUCCACCUACCCCAAGGUUACUCCACCCCAAUCCAAGGUGACUCCACCCUAUUCCUCAGCCAACACAGGGUCCAGGAAGACAACCCAAGGGAAGCUCAUAAAUGUGGUAGUGGUGCCCACCAUGACCAAGCCCUGGACCCUCCCUAAAGCUGUGGCCCCGUUGACCGCAGCCCUCUCCUCCAUUACCUACUCCCUCUCUGAGUCCGAGUUCUCUGCCGACGGAGCACUGACGGGGCCUGGCUCGAACCCCUCUGACCUACUUGACCACCCACAGGAACCCCUGGUCUCCCUCACCCUCACCACCCCUGCCCGGAAGCACCACCACACAACCCCCCUUACUCCCCCCCUCCACAGGGCCACGUCUCCCCACCUCCACCGUGGGACCAGGAUCAGUAAUACUGUGGCAGUGGAGCGGGAGCGGCCUCUGACCUGCGCUGACAUGCCCUGUUUCCCAGGGGUCCCCUGUGAACCCACCAGGGACGGGGGCUUCCACUGUGGAAGGUGUCCCCUGGGAUAUACCGGAGACAGACAAACAUGCAGAGCUGUGUGCAGGCAUGCGUGUGGCAGGAACAUGGAGUGUGCCGCUCCCAACACAUGCCGCUGUAAACCAGGCUACACCGGGACCAACUGUCAAACAGCGAUCUGUAAACCUGAGUGUAGGAACGGAGGCCAGUGUGUCGCCCCGGGGGUGUGUGAGUGCCUGAAAGGCAACCACGGGGAGACGUGUGAGACAGCUCUGUGCAGUCUGCCCUGCGAGCACGGAGGAACAUGCGUGGGACCCAGCACCUGUUCCUGUCCCUACGGCUUUGUGGGUCCCAGAUGUGAGACCAUGGUGUGUAACCGCCACUGUCACAACGGAGGAGAGUGCGUGUCUCCUGAUGAGUGUUCCUGUCUGCCUGGCUGGACCGGACCCUCCUGUGAGACAGCUGUGUGCUCCCCUAUGUGUCUGAACGGAGGGACUUGUCUUCGUCCGAACACAUGUGGCUGUCCCCAGGGCUUCUACGGCGCCCAGUGUCAAAACGCUGUCUGCAGCCCUGCCUGUAAGAACGGGGGCGUAUGCAUGAGAAACAGCGUCUGCUCCUGCGCCGAGGGAUACACCGGAUGGCGCUGUGAAAAAAGUGUAUGUGAGCCCAUGUGUAUGAACGGCGGGCGGUGCGUGGGUCCAGAUGUGUGUGACUGUCCAUCUGGAUGGAGAGGAAAGCGGUGCGAUAAACCCACUUGUCUACAGAAGUGUCUGAAUGGAGGAGAGUGUGUUGGCCAUAACACUUGCCACUGUCCUCCAGGCUGGCAGGGCAUGCUAUGCCAAGUCCCACUCUGUGAACAGAAGUGUCUUUAUGGGAGCCGCUGUAUCCGCCCUAAUGUAUGUGCAUGCAGGAAAGGGUAUUCAGGGGUCCUGUGUUCCCAUAAGCUCCCAAUUCCACGAGGCUAAUGGAGGACUGGGAGCUAUGUACUGAAGAAGCUGGGCUGAAACAAGACAAUGAAACUCCUAAUGGAACCCCCACACUGAAUAUUAGGAUGCUCAAUGCUCACGGCUUUUGUUUCUUCAAAAUAAUUUGUAAUAUAUGGCACAAUUCCAAAGAUUAGGAUCUGUACAUGACCAAUGUAUGUAUCAUUUUGUAUAAUUUUUUUUCUUAGAACUAAUAAUACUGUAUUUUAUCUAUUAAAGUCUGGCUUUUAAAAAAAAUAUUAAAACAAAGCAAAAAACUGUCCUUUAUACUGUGGAACAAACUCAUCAAGUUUGCAGUUUACGAUCAAACUAAAAACUCACUUGGAAUUGUUAUUUAUUGGUUGUCUGAUGUUUUAUAAUUUCACACUGUUGUAUAUAUCAUCAAAUAGGUUUUGUAUUACUCACAAAUAAAACGCAGGCAAUGUAUGAUAUUAAAGUCCAUUUGUUAUGUACAA